AUGAAGCCUCCAUUCUCUUCCACCUAUCCCUCGCCGUAUAUCUCCCCUCCCCGCGCUCCGCCAUAUCUUCCCCCGCACGAGCAACCUCCGCCCAUCCCAUCCGCCGCGCCCGCUGUCUUCCCCUCCCCGCACCUCAACUCCCCCCAUUCCCCGCGUUCCCCUUACUCCCCCCGUUCCGCGCGAUCUCCGCCGACCUAUUCCCUUUCCGCCUGCUCCCCCGCCACCUCCCCGCCACUCGCUUCACCCUUCCUCCCCAACUCCAUUGCGGAAGCUGCGCGCUCGUUCCUAUCUUCCGCCGUCCUCUCCCCCUUGGGGGAAACCAUUAAGGCUUCCGCGGUGGCGGGGGAGAGACGGGGGGGAGUUGGCGGUGUCGAUUCGGGGAAACGUGGGGAAGCAGGCGCAAGCAGCGGAGCGGCUAGAGGCGACGGGAGGGACGGCUGCGGAGGAGGCGCGAGCUCGGGGGACGGCGGAAGGAACCCUGGCGGAGCAAGCGGAGCAGGCGGAGCGGCGCUGGGCGGAGAAAGACUCGCGGGCGGAAAGGCUUCCGCCAGGCGCGCGGCGGAGGAGGAGGCGGCGGUGACGAUGGCACUAUGCACAGCGGGGGUCACGGCAAUAGUCUUCCCCAUGGCCUUCACAGUCACGCUGGAGCUGCUCGUGGGUAAGCCAAGAAAGUACCUCAUGCGCCCGGGCGGUGCUUAUGGUAGUGGGAUGACUUUUGAGUCGACUCAAAACUCACCAAGAACGGAGCUCAUGCACCCGGGUGGUGGUUGUGGUAGUGGGAUGAUAAUGCUGCGUUGCUAUGUGUCCGUGCAACAGGGGACUGGAGUCGCUGGCAGCGUUUCUGCUGCAGCGCUCUGCUCCCUUUUACAUUCAAACUUCCUCUCGUCAUCCACCAACGGUUCCACCUCCCCCUUUCUUAUCCCCCUUUCCCCUCCCCAUUUCCUCCUCCCCCUUUUCCGUCCCCUUUUCCCCCCCUCCCCUUUCCCCCUCCGCUUUUCGCCUCCCUCUUUUCCCCUCCCCUUAUCCCCCUCCCCCUCUCUCCCCCCCCUCCAUCCCAUUUCCCCUUCGCCAUCCCCAUCCCACCAGCCAUCGUCCUUGCAAUAG